UUUCCUGUGGGUGCGGCUGAUUCAUUGAAUUUGAAUCCAUUUCCUGUGGGCCUUGAUGGCGAACGAGGCAUGACGCUCCUUCCAGAAGGUUAUGGCUAUGGAGAUGAUCACUCCCAACAGAUCCAUCGCUGCAAUUCUCUUGGUGUUGCAGCAUGAGAAUUUCAGGUCUGAAAACCAGAAGAGCAAGCGGACUUCCCUUCUAAAACUUACAGCAUGGUUCAGAGACCCUCUUGAUAAUUAUAAGCGCUACACAGGGGGAUGGAAUAUCAGCGAACGACAUUUCUGAGCUUCUGUAGGUUUUUCCGCUGCUCCCCUGUUUCUCAUUGCUGCAAUAUGGUUCCUAGGCUUUGGGCUUUGCUUGCUGCUCAUCUGCCUUUGUUACUGCCGUUGCCUACGACGACGUUAUGGUUAUUCCCGAGCAGCAUAUGCUUGUUCAUUAAUUUUUCUCGUACUCUUCACCAUUGCUGCAAUGGAAAGUUCCACAGUAGUACAACAAACACCCUAGCUUAUGUUGUGAAGCAGGCAAAUACCACGGCAGAAAACCUUAGGAAUGUAUUAGACUAUCUUGUUGCUGCUAAGCUGAUUGGUGUGGACCAGGUUUUUCUACCUUCUGAUAUGAUGGCUAAGAUUGAUGAGGUUCAAACAAAGAUAAAUUCUUCUGCUGCAACUCUUGCUGAUGAGACAGUGAAGAACUCAGACAGUACACAGGAAGUCUUAGACAAUAUGUAAGAAAAUGCUUUUAGAUCUAUCUUUUUGUAAGUCUAUUACUCUCCUUGAUUAUUCUGAACUAUGCGGCAAGUUUCAGAUUGUAUGCUUUUCAUUUCAUUUUUUCUACUGUACCGAUACAAGAUGCACUACGAUUGUCAAUCGGCUGUGUAUCGGUACCAUAUCAGCGUGUAUCACAUAGUAUCAGU